GACUUGCCGUGACGCCAUGUUUUUGUUUCCAUAGAAACGAGGCUCAUAUCGGGUGAAGAAAGGUAGCUUAGCCUAGCUUAGCUUAGCAUAGCCGCUUUAGCUAUGGAUCAGUACAGUAUUCUCGGUAGGAUUGGUGAAGGAGCUCAUGGAAUUGUGUUCAAGGCCAAACACAUCGAGACAGGAGAGACCGUGGCACUCAAGAAAGUGGCCCUACGAAAGCUAGAAGAUGGGAUUCCCAACCAAGCACUGAGAGAAAUUAAAGCUCUUCAGGAAAUUGAAGAUAACCCGUAUGUAGUAAAGCUAAAGGACGUGUUCCCACACGGUACCGGUUUUGUGCUGGUCUUCGAGUACAUGCUGUCGGAUCUGUCGGAGGUUAUCCGGAACUCUCAGAGACCUCUGACUGAGUCUCAGGUCAAGGGCUACAUGAUGAUGUUGCUCAAAGGGGUGGCCUUCUGUCAUGAGAACUCCAUCAUGCACAGGGAUCUGAAGCCUGCAAACCUUCUAAUCAGCUCGACAGGUCAUUUAAAGAUUGCUGAUUUUGGUCUGGCCAGGCUUUUUUCCAACGACGGAGAAAGGCUUUACAGUCAUCAGGUGGCCACAAGGUGGUACAGAUCUCCAGAGCUUCUCUACGGUGCUCGGAAAUACGACGAAGGAGUGGAUCUCUGGGCAGUGGGUUGUAUAUUUGGGGAGCUGUUGAAUAACUCUCCUCUUUUUCCUGGGGAGAAUGACAUCGAGCAGCUUUGCUGUGUGCUCCGUGUCCUGGGAACUCCGAACCAGAAAGUGUGGCCGGAGAUCACCGAGUUGCCAGAUUACAACAAGAUAACAUUUAAAGAUAACCCGCCGAUCCCUUUGGAGGAAAUCGUACCCGAUACGUCCCCUCAGGCCAUCGACCUGCUGAAGAAAUUUCUUGUGUAUCCAUCCAAGCAGAGGAUUAGUGCCAGACAGGCUCUACUACAUCCCUACUUCUUCACAGACCCGCUUCCUGCCCAUCACUCAGAGCUGCCCAUCCCUCAGCGUGGUGGGAAACACUCUCGCCAGCGACUGCAGCCCCCGUACGAGUUCUCGGUGGAGCAGCCUUUGCAAGAGAGCUUAGUGGAUCCCAGUCUGAUCCAACCACACACAUGGGGGUGUUUAUGAGGCCUGCUUCCCACAUCAUGCCCUUUUUUUUUUUUGCACAGAAGCAUCACGCUGAAGCUGACUUUGUAGUUGCGGUUUGCAUAUUUCAAAUAUUCACGAAUAUAUUAUAUGACAUCUGAGAAAAUAUAUACACAAAUAUAUAUAUAUAUAUUUCCUGCUGGUAAUGAAUUAAAUUCAUUACGAAUCGCGACCUCGAGGUUUUAUGUCCGAUAUUGCGAUAUAUAAUGUCAGCUAUAGUGCAUGUAAAGUUGUUUAGAUCCUAAUAAGCGUGUGAUCUUUUAUUCUUUAGAGCACAUUUAAAUAGUGUCAGAACUACCUGAUUUGAAUUUUAAGCUUAACUUCCUGUAAAUAGACCUGCCAGCUCUGCCUCUGUUUUGUUGUCAUUUUUUUUUAAUAUAUAUAUAUAUUUGUUGCAUAUAUACAUACUGUGUAUAUAUAUAUUUUUCAGCUGUGCAUUCACCUCACGAUACUAACAUUACCGUACGAGUUAUUGAACCAAAGCCAGUUUCAUAAUCCUCACAACAGUGGUGGCUCAUGGGAAUCAACGACGCCUUAGAUAACAGCAAACAGCCAGCACAUGACUGAAACCACACCCUGUUUUCUAUAUAGUGCAAUGUCAUCUCGAACAAGGUCAUAGAGAGGAUGCAGCACUCGACUGACUAUAACGUACUGAAGAAACCCUGCUGAAGUUUUUUAUCCUUCUGUCGUUCGGCUUUCUCGUUACUAACGAAUCGUUUUUAUUUGUCCUCAAACAGCCACAUGUUAAAAAUGCAGAUUGUAAAUUUUAAGCAUUAUUCUAGACCUCUUAUAUAAUCGUUAUCGGUUUAGUUUAAAAUCUUAUACGUGACUUGAGGAAGUCUCACUGAUUCCUUCGUUAUCAAGAAAUUAAAGCAGCUCAGCUCUGAAUCUGUUCUGCGAAACAUAAUUCAUCAAAUAUAAAUAGUUUGGAUUGGGGAAGAGGAUGUGUUUUGCUUGCAGGUCGCUUCACAUGUAAUACAGGACGCUCUGUGUAACGGCUACUUUAUCACGCUGUGAUAAUUUUUUUAUUAGAUAAUUCACACACACAAAAAAAGACACACAUUGCAUGCCAAAAUAUCGUUUCAUUAAUCGGUUUAUUGAUAAAAAUGAGCCCCUAGGUCUCCUACACUGGUAUAGUAUUGCACAGCCAAUUCCAUUGUACCUCCUUUUUAUUGUAUCUUGUUCUAUUUUAUUUUACUGUAUUUUUAAAAAAAAAAAGUAUUUUAUUUAAGUGAGCAAUAAACUUAUUUAAAUAGAAAUUUUCAUGUUCACACUUCUACUAUUACAGUAUAAACUGAAUCAAAAGUCAUUACGCUAUUGUCUAGUCAGCUACUAAUGAAUUGAUUUCUUAUAUAAAGUCUACCAUAUAUUUUUAGUUUUAAAUGAUAUAUUUACUAAGUUUACAUGUAUAGGCAGUAUACACACACACACACACACACACACACACACACCCCUUUGAGUUUGUUGGUCAAGUUGUAUUUCUUUUUUAA